GGAAAGUAGUUUUCAUUAACUUCCGACUAUAUCGAGACUGUCAAAUUUUUCAACAGGAUGGCCUUGACAGUAGAGAAACUCUUGAGUGAUGCCAGUUACCUCAUCAGUCGCCUCAAGGAACACGACUCAUCAGCUGAUCUCCUCAUUGCCAAUGCCCAGGCAUUGAAUAAACGAGUAGAUGCCAUGAAACAGUACCAAGAUGACAUAACAGAGCUGAAUGAGAUCGCCAAACACCGGCCUCGCUCAGCCUUGGUGCUGGGCAUUGCACAGGAGAACCGGCAGAUUCGGGAGCUGCAGCAGGAGAACAGGGAGCUGCAGAUGUCCCUGGAGGAGCACCAGUCAGCUCUUGAGCUGAUCAUGCAGAAAUACAGGGAGCAGAUCAUGCAGCUCAUCCAGAGCAACAGGGUCGAGAAGCUCAUUUCGCAGAAAGGAGACAACUCAAAAGAGGAAGUUGUGCAGCUGCUGGACAAAAUUGAUGAAAUGGCUGCUGUGAUGCACAAGGCUGUAAAGAUCGAUGAUGAUUCUGUGAGCAAAGAACAAGAGCAGGUGAAACAACUACAGACAGAGAACAAAGCCCUCCGUGAGAUCCUUGAGGUCUGCACAACUUCGGGAGAUCGUAUUCUUAAAGAAAGGGUAACUGAAGAUUCAGCUUGUCAGACUGCAACUGAAUCCUGAUCAGUUGUCUCCCCUUGAAUAUUCUACAGACAAAUAUGGCAUAAUAGGUGAUAGAAUAAUUGUGCCAAACCAAACUGAGUCUGAGAAAGUGUAUUUAUUUCCUAACAUUGCAUGCAAAGUCUGCUAUUUAUGCGAUCAAUAUGUAUCACCAUGCCAACAAUUGCAAGAUUGGAAAUAAUGUGUGGGAUGGGAUAGGUGUGUAUCUGUUGCUAUGGCAGCCAGUCGAGAAGGGUGGGAUCGAUAGUGAUGCAAGUAUAUCCCUGUGAUCAGUGAGAGAUAGUGCCUGCUGAAGUUGUGACGGUACAGGAUCUGCUGAUCACAGCAUGUUUGCUUGUGUUCAGUAUCAAUGUUCAGAUAUAAAGCUGCAAUUUCUUCAGCAUCAAAAACUUAGCUGUCAAAAUUAGUAGAACCCCUCCGUCACUGCUGAAUACAGUGAAUGCGUUUUCUCACUUUGUGGAAGUCCUGAAUCCCUUUGUGGGGUGACAAUUAGGCUGCCUGGGGUUGGGUUAGCAGAACAUGGAGGUGGGGUCCCUAGUGAGAAGGGGAUUAUUGGAUGGGGGUGCUGAGAAGGUGGGGUGGGGUAGUGAUAGGGUGAUUUAGGAGAGGGGAUGACUAUGGAACUGAGAUUCCUGGAGAAGGCAAUGGGGUAGAGGUGGUGAGGGUUUAUUUGUGGGUGUGUGUGUGUGUGUGUAUAUUUGAUGGGGAGGUGAGGUGACUAUGGAGCUGAUUUCCGUGACAAGUGGGGUUGCAUGGGAUGGUUACGACUAUAGAGAUAUUUCCAUGAGGGCCAGGGUAGGGGGAAUGAAGAUUCAGUUGCCUGAGGGGUGAGGUUGAUCAUGAUACAGCUGACAACAGAACUAGUUACCUGUGGGAGCUGUGUUUGCUACAGAGCUGGUCAACCGAGGGCUAGUGCAACACAAUAAUUAUACAUAUGUCUGUUUACAUGACGGGAUGGGUUGACCAUGAUAUAUCUGGUUGAAAGAGUUGGUUUAACCAGGGCUGGGAUGGGGGAAGGGUUGGAUUAAACAGGUCAUUUACCCGAGGGAUAGAGUAACCCAGGUAUUACUGUGUUAUGGUGGGAUUUGAACAUUUGCAAAUAGCAGGCAGUGGAUGGGUAAAAGAAUUUAUCAGUCAUGUUGCAAUUAUGUUUGAAUUGUCAUCCUGAUGAAGUCAUCAUUACCUGCGUUCUAAGGAAUCAGUAAUUACAGCUUGUCACUGUUAAUUUGCUUCUCAAUGAAAAUACAAGUUAAGAAAAAAGCUGAUCAUUUUUGAAAUAUUUGUCCAUGUUUUUGUCCACCUCAGACUGAAUUUGACUGUAUUGAAAUAUAAACCUGAAAAGUAUGAAUGUCUUUUUAAAUCUUAUGAAAAUAAUAAAAAUAAUGCACUUGAGUGAAUUCAUCAUGCAAAUGUUUGUUCACAUUACACGUAUCACUAACCACUGAUGUUUCAAACCGCCCACUUCGAUGUUGUGAAUUUUCUUUAAUGUCAAACACCGCCACCAUAUAGCUGGAAUAUUGCUGAGUGCGGUGUAAACCUAAACUCACUCACUCACUAAUGUCAAACAUACAUGCAUAUUGGUAUUUCUAAUCUGUACACAACCACAAUUAUGAUGAAAUUUCAUUUCAAUAAUUUUAAAGAAUAUCAUCCAGUAAUUUUUCAGUUUCCAUGGUUACUUUGAUCAUUCCAGCAUUGUGUCUUUUAAACCAGGAAUUGUGUGUUAAUCACAUUCAUUCAAUGUGUCGACAAAGUGGUUCUUUGUUUCCAUUCAUAUUUCCAUAUAGUCGCUGUGAAGUUACAACACUUUAUCUCACGCCUUUUUUUCCAAAUUACUGUCAGAAAGUGACACUGAAUGUAAAUUCUGUAUUUUCAAAACUUACAUGGAAUGCACAAAACUAUUAAAGGAAGUUUGCAGUUUCUUUAUCAAAGAAGUUUAUUGUGCUUGUUUCUCUCUUAAAGUGAAAGCAUGUUCCUAUGAGUUGGGUGGGGUGUUGUUUUUCAUUUUUAUUCUAUAAGCCACUGCAUGUUACACCUGUGCACCUAUGACUGGAUAAGCUACAGAUUUGUACAACAUAUUUUGGUCACCACUUUUGGGCUUCCAGCAUGACGCUUGCUUUUGUGCACCAACAAUGGAACCAAUUUAUGAUAACUGAAAUUGAAUCAGCCAUUGUCUGAACAUGAACAAACAAGAUUGCUGAUUCAGCAUUAAACAUGUCAGUCAAUAAUCACUCACUCUCUCAUGAGUGUGUCUAUGUUGUGUUGCAUUUGAAUGGCCUGUUGGUAAGCAUUAUGUAAGGCUGAGGAGUUGAUGUUUGCAUGAUAUAUUUUCAAGAAUGACUGCAAGACACACUUAGAUGUUGUUAGAUGAUAGUGUAUCAGAGGGGUUUUCUGUGAUAAUCAUGAACGGAAUAAUGAUGUUUUAUGUUGGAGCUUUUUGCUUGAAAUUUGUCUUGAAAGCUUGUUUUGAAAUGUUUAAAGACUCUUUUCUUUUUUUGUGAUGACAAAAAGAAGAAAACUAAAAUGGAACUUCAUGAUUUUACUUCUGAUGGUUAAGUGUUACAUGCACCUUAUUAUCACACUGUGAAGUGAACAUAUUUAUCUCCCUUUAUGUACCAGGAUCAACUGAUGUCUGGUUUGAACUCCAAAUUCUCCAUAAAUAAGAUCUCUAAUUCUACUAUGAAGGUGGACAUUACUUGAUCCUCAUUGGUCCAACAAUAGCAUCAAAUAACAAUAAACUCAAAAAUUUUAAUAACAGACAUCUGCAUCAUUGUGGAAGAUAAUAUUUCCUGGAAAGACGUUUCUGCUGUUCCAUUUUAAUAUUUUUAUGAUGGCGGUGGGGUAGCCUAAUGGUUAAAGCGUCCACUCCUCACACUGAAGACACGGGUUCGAUUCCCUACAUAGGUACAAUAUGUGAAGCCCAUUUCUGAUGUCCCCGCCGUGAUAUUGCUGGAAUAUUGCUAAAACUAGUAAAAGCGGCUAAUAUUUUUAUGUACAAUUGUAGGUUACCAGAUUCAGAGUAUUACAGAAUGUAAAUUGUGUGGCAAUACAUUUUGGGUGGAGGACACAAUAAUCAACUAUAUUAUACAACUUGUUAGGCUCACACGUUCAAGAUUUUUCAGGGGCGGUGGGGUAGCCUAGUGGUUAAAGUGUUGGCUCGUCAAGCCGAGGACCCGGGUUCGAAUCCCCACAUGGGUACAUUGUGUGAAGCCCAUUUCUGGUGUCCCCCGCCGUGAUGUUGCUGGAAUAUUGCUAAAAGCGGCAUAAAACCAAACUCACUCACUCAAGAUUUUUCAACUUAUCUCAAAUGGAGAAGGUGGGAAGUGCAGAGAUAUAGUAUAGACUUGUAAAACAAUGUAAGGAUAAACAUUUGUCACUUAUAUCAUAGCCAUGUCGAUAUUCGAUGCCAUUGUUCGCAAAAGGACAGAGACAUGUUAUAACUAGAUCCCCUUCAAUGGGUUGUCUUCCAGUAGUUUCAUUGUUGAAUGCUGUCAACAGACAGGACUUAAUAUUUCCCUAUUCAGUUUAUAAACAGGUCUGUAUCGAGGUCUGAAUGUGUUGAAUGGAGGCCAUGUUUUGCUGUCUUGUUUUGACUUGUAUAUACAUGUAUUUACUCUGUAUCUACAUGAAUCUCAGCAUUGGUUGCUUACUAUUAGUGUCGUUUAACAUGUAAAUAACAAGUGUAUGCUUCAGUGUCAAAUCAAAUAAACUAACAAACAUUG